CGUCUCUGACUCGCUCGACCUCGUCUUCUCCGCAGCUCCAGCCUCCACUCCCUCGUCUCAAACUCUCACUCUCUCGUCUCUCACGCAGCUCACGGCGUCACGCUCUCGUCUCUCGCUCAGUCGCUCUCUGCUCUCAACUCUCCCGUCUGGCCAUCUCUCACUCUCUCGUCUCUCAAGUUCUCCACUGGACCACUCUCUCGUCUCUCAAGUUCUCAACUCUCUCGAGUCGUCUGAGUCGUCUCUCACUCUCCUCGUCUGGCCGUCUCUCACUGAGUCACUCUCCUGUCUCUCAACUCUCCCGUCUCUCAAUCUCAACUCUCUCGUCUCUCUGCAGAAUCUGCCCCCUCGCCCCUCGGUUUUGGCAUCCCAAAUCGAUCCUAUCUCAGGAAGGGAUUUGGUCAUUGAUAAGAGAGUAAAGCCAGUUUACAUAGAGUUCAAGAAGUACUUAAAGCUGUGGGUUUGGUGAUUAUAAUCACAGUUGGUAUGACUAAUUAGUACCCAAAAACACAAAAAAUAAGGUAUCCAAAGCCAAAAUAUCUAGAUGUUUUCUUGGUUUGCAUGGUUGCAACCAUAUAACUGUGUGCAAGUUAUUUAAUCGGGAAGGAUUCUUGGAAGCAUGGCUCGGUUCAAAAAUAAGAAAAAGGUGAUUGUGAAGCCGGUUGCAAAGAAGAAGCAACCUACUGUGGAUCAUAUCACUGGCAGUAAGAUUCCAAUGAGCUUUGUGUUUUCAAGAGGGAAGUUGCCUGGUCCUCUCAGACAACUUCAAAUGGAUUUGAGAAAGUUGAUGCUUCCAUAUACUGCCCUCAAUCUCAAGGAGAAGAAACGAAAUAAUCUCAAAGACUUUUUGAACGUUGCUGGUCCUAUGGGCGUAACACAUUUCCUCAUAAUCUCAAAAACUACAACAGCACCCUACUUGCGGGUAGCAAGGACCCCACAGGGCCCCACUCUUACAUUUAAAAUACAUGAAUACUCAUUGGCUGUUGAUGUCAUUAAAUCUCAACUGCGUCCUAGAUGCCCUCAAGAUCUUUUCAAAAAUGCUCCUUUGAUUGUUCUUUCUGGUUUUGGUACUGGUGAUCAGCACCUAAAGCUUACAACAAUAAUGUUUCAGAACAUCUUUCCCGCCAUUGAUAUAAACACAGUCAAGCUUUCAUCUUGCCAGAGAAUUGUGUUGCUUAAUUACAACAAGGACACAAAGCUCAUUGAUUUUCGGCACUAUUCCAUAAGAUUACAGCCUGUUGGUGUCUCCCGUAGAAUUAGGAAGUUUGUGCAGAACCAUCAAGUCCCCGAUUUGAGGAAUCUUCAAGACGUGAGUGACUUUGUCACAAAGGCUGGGUAUGGAUCAGAAAGUGAAGCAGAUGAUGAAGCAGCGACUGUGACUCUGGCUAGUGAUCUUGGCAGAGUUAAUCGGGCAUCUACAAAAAGUGCUGUCAAGCUUCAAGAGAUUGGACCCAGAAUGACGCUUCAACUCAUCAAGAUUGAGGAAGGAUUGUGUUCUGGUGGAGUCAUCUUCAGUGAAUAUGGAAGUGGUGAUGGCAAGAAAAAGCAGGACAACGAGGAAGAUCCUGAAGACCAGGAAGACGAGGAUGAAGAUCGGGAAGAUAUUGUCCAAGAUGAGGAAGAUCAUGAGGAAAAUAUUGUUGAAGAUGAUGAUGAAGAUGUAGACUAGCUACUGGCCAAGUUGGAAAUUGAAGUGAAAGUUUUCGUUGGCAUUUGAAGGGAAUCUCUGUAUCUAAUAUCUAUAUCGAUUGGGAAAUACCUUAAAGAGUAUUGUUUACUGGAGAGAGGAAUGUCUUCUUGGCGCUGUUGCCCACUAUCUUAAAUAUCAUGUUUAAUGUCAUGUUUUAGUAGAAAGAAAGGGGUAAAGAAAAAACACAUUAAUUUGGAUUCAA